ACUACAUUUACAAUUUUACAUAUAUAUACUCUAUAGAUCUAAAUCUAUAUAUGUGUAUAUGUAAAAGUUCCCAAUCAUAACUCACCAAUCAAACACACAAUGGCUUCCCCUCUAAUUCUCCUAGCCUUAACCAACUUUCUCUUCCUGAUCCCAUCAACACUAUGUCAAUCGACAACUGCCCCUGCUCCAGCCGGGCCGGCUGGCCCGAUCAAUGUGACAGACAUUCUAGCCAAAGGUGGUCAGUAUACGGCUCUUCUUCGCCUCAUGAACGAAACCCGAGUCCUAGACCAACUCCCAAACCAACUCAACAACUCAAACCAAGGCAUGACCCUUCUAGCACCAACAGACAAUGCCUUCCUUAACCUUCCAGCUGGCACUAUCAACGGUUUAUCCGAACAACAAAAAGUCCAACUUGUAUUAAUCCAUGUUCUUCCUAAAUACUAUUCUUUAGACGAUUUUAGCACGGUUAGCAACCCGGUUCAAACACAGGGCAGUGGAAGCAGGGGAAGUUAUGGUUUGAACUUCACUGCAAGAGGGAACCAAGUAAAUGUGUCAAGUGGUGUUGUUGACACUCAAAUUAGUAACCCUUUGAGACAAAUCUUCCCUUUUGCAGUUUACUCUAUUGAUAAAGUACUGUUGCCACCAUUUAAGAGUGAAGCCCCUGCCCCAGAGGCUUCAAAACCCGCCGGGAAGCCCGCGGCUAAGGGACCGAGUUCCCAAGCCGCAGAUGGUGAUUCACCACCCUCAAAGAAUGGAGGUGGAAGGAAGAUGGAUAUGGGAAUAGGUUUGUUUGGAGGUGUAAUUGUGUUGUUUUGCAUGGCAUUUUUGUAAGGUGAUUAUUAUAUCCACAAUCAUGUUUUCUUAUUAUUAAUGUUAUAUUUUUUGUUUGUUGCUUGAAUUAUUUCAUAUAUUGUUGUAAUUCUUGAUAUAUACGGAGUUUAAUGUUUUUAUUCA